CAUCAUAUCAAUCSMAAGGUCGUCAUCAGAUUGCGGUAAACAAUACGUAUCUGAUGACCCUCCAAGUGGCGAGUUCAUGUCCCAAGGAUAUCCUUCACAGGAAUACACAGCAAAYAAAAAGUGUACCUGGAAAAUCGCGUCCAACACGCGCAUUGGUCUCUAUUUYAAAACCUUCCAGACAGAAAGUUCCUAUGACUUYGUGAAGGUUUAUGAUGGCGAGUCCGAGUCUGCCACUCUAAUUGGUAGUUACAGUGGCAGUUCUUUACCACCGUACAUCACAAGUUCGUCUACAAAACUGUUCAUAACGUUCACCUCAGACGUAUCGAAUAACAAGAAAGGUUUUGCUGCGCAUUUCGAUGCAAUUGACAGUGGUUUUAUGCGGCUUGCCGAUGGAACACACAGAUCAGGACGUGUUGAGAUGUUUUACGGCCAAGACUGGGGAACUAUUUGUGAUGACUUCUGGGAUAGAAAGGAUGGUGACGUCGCAUGUAAGCAGCUUGGUUUCCCAGGAAGCCUUGCAGCACACUCGAAUGCCAAAUAUGGGCAAGGCUCCGGUAAAAUAUGGCUCAACAAGCAUUUCUGCAGUGGAUCCGAGUCCCGCAUACUGGACUGUACUAACCUUAAAGCAAGUCCUUGGAAGAACCAUCUCUGCUCACACAGCGAGGACGCAGGCGUCGAGUGCCGAAAGAGAGUGAGACUGGUCAACGGUGGUGCCAAUUAUGGCCGAGUCGAAGUGUACCAUCAAGGAGUCUGGGGUACAGUMUGUGACGACAAAUGGGACAUCCAAGAUGCAAAUGUGGUGUGCCGUGAACUAGGUUACUCCAGGGCUACCUAUGCUUACAGCRRWGCUCACUAUGGUCAGGGGACUGGGCCGAUUUGGUUAGACGAGGURGCRUGUCUUGGGUCGGAAGAUUCUAUCACCUCCUGUGGCUAUUAUGGUUGGCUGUCACCGGGMAAUUAUGCUUACUGCAGCCAUGCUGAAGAUGCAGGGGUCAGAUGUGUCUGAAGUARCUCUAUAGSCAAAMRCUGAUKAUCUUAAAGAGCCAUGAUYAACCAUGAUGCACCGCUACCCAACCUCGAUUUCUUCACACACGAUAAAGUUUGAUUUUGUGUAUCUUUUAGUUAAAUCAAUUUCUCUAUGUCGAUUUAAUGUAAACUUAUAUAUAAUAUUUCAAUACUUACAAUUGCAGAUUAGAGUGGUUCUCAUUAACCCGUGAAUUACACUUUAGCGUAUUACACUUUAUUACACUUUGUCUCUUUUGUUUUCUAUUAUAUUUCUUGGCUAUUACACUUUAUUACACUUUGACUAUUACACUUUGUUUCACGGGUUAAUGAGAACCACUCUAAAUGUAACGUAUAAAGAAUGAUUAUUUCAUAGCAUGAAAAUACUUUAAAUUCUUACAAAAUAAAAGGGUAGCUCGUGACGGUUCAUGGUUGGAAUGGCUCUUUAGCUGCGCGAGACUAAAAAAAUAUGUUUUGUGUGAUUCGAUACGUCAUUACCAAAUUAUCUUUAUCAAUUACUUCAUGAUUUAGUUCUGGUUUAGUUAUUUGYUGUUUUAGUGCAUCGCAUGGGGGAAAUAAGUACAUUGAUUACCUUGACAACCAAUGGCAUGAUUAAACUCCAUUACUAUAAAUAAUACAGCCCGUAUUCCUUGAGUAGGAAAAACGCCGCAAUAUUUUGAAAUCAGAGUGAAGGCGAAGAAUUUUGCUUGAUCGAAGUUUCUAGUUUUUUUUCCAUUCAAAAUCCAUUGUUUGUGAAUAUAAAACAAUUAUUCAUUACAUUGAUUUAAUUAUUGCAUGUGGUGCUUACAAUACUAGCCAUGUUAUUUGGUUAUUGAUUUAUUGGGAAAUGAUUCACUUGUAGUUCCAGUAAAUUUCUGAUGUGAUUAAAAUUGAAUAAACUUGUGAAUAAACAUGUUGUAAAUUGA